AAAGCUGUUCGAUUUGCGACAGCUGAAGGACGCAGAUUUUGGAAUUUCGCGUUAAAAUUGUUUGUCAUGAGCUCCGUGAGACGAGCACUAUUCAAAGAGGGCUCAAAUUCUUGGGUUGCGGAAACAAUUGAUGAAAAGCAAACCAUCGACGACGUCGAGAACAACUCGGCAGAAAUUGUCGAAUACACCGUUGUGAGCGAAGGAGACGUCACGUUUAAAACACAACUACUGGAAAAUCAACGUGGGCUUAAAACUCCGCAGGAAAAGCUGCUUCAACGUGGAACUUCGUCCUUUUAUGAGAAGGUAAAUUAUAAAGAUGGCGUUGUAUAUUUACUCUAUGAAAAAUAUCGAAAAAAUUACAUGUAUCUUACAUGUAAUAAUUUGUACACGUAUCUCUUUCAUACGUGUUAUGAUUUUAAAACUAGUCAUCUUUAAGUCCUUUUUUGCGUUUCCAAGCGAAAUGUUCAAAUUUUAGUUCGUCAGUGCGUCAGAGAACGCAAAUGUUCACUGCACUUGCGCUAGCUUUCACACUGUUUCUCUAGAUUUAAUUAAACUUAUGCUUCAAGGUUUUUCCCGGUGUUUGUCAUAAAUUGCUCUUUCAGGAUCUUAACAAGAAAAUUCUGAUUGUCCACGAGGGCAACAGCGAGAAACUUUGUCAAACAUGGACGGAACUAAAACGACUCGAAGAUGUACGGAUAGAGAGUUGCUGUUGUACAGAUUUGAGUGCAGUAUGUACGAAAGAGACCUUCCUGCUCAUUUUCCUGGAGAUGUCUUCUGUAUCUGGCCAUGCUCAGAAACUUUGCUCUACGGUAAGGUGAGUGCCAUCGUUAAGAACUUAAUAUUACUACUGUCUUUCUCUGAAAUUUAGUAUUGGACAUGUUAGCAUUCAGUGCUAUUAAAUUUGUGCAGUUUUAUGUUUUCUGUUCCUGUUGUAAUAAGUUGUUGUUGUUGCUCAGUGUUAAAAAAGGGGAGGGGAUAGAAAGAAUUGAUUAAAAAAACUCGUUUCCAGUAAAAGAACCAGUGCCGACGAGUUUGUGAAAUUUCUAUUUAAACGUGAUCCAAACUAUAUGAUAUGUCUUGAAUAAGUCUAUGCAUCUGCGGAGUUUCGUGAUUGUUUCUUUAUUGUUCAUUCUCUCUUGAUUUCAGAUAUCUAUAAUAUGACAAUGCAACCUUAUUAACAAUAGCGAGAUUAAAGAAGAAUCACGUUUAGGGCAAACUGGCCAACUUGAAAUUGCACCCGGCACGUGAUCAAGUAGUUUCAUAUCAGGGUCAUCAUCAAUAAGAAUUAUGUUGGACAGUUAUCAUCAGCUCAAUUCCUAAUUUGAGAAAUUGCAAGCUUGUGUCUCGACGUUAUCGUUUGCCAUAAAUAUGUACAUUGUAGUGUAAUGUUUCUGGUUUAUUAAUACUUGCAACAAAGUAAAGCGAGUUUGUUAAGAAUGUCAAGUAUUAAGGUCACUUUGAUUUAAGCCUAAAAUUACUGCUUGCAGGUACAAUCCCAAUUCCCUGAACCGCUCUGUUGCCAUAAUUGGAGUUGUGGAAGAGGAAAGUCAAGGUAUGUAAACAGAUGAUUUUCAGCUAAAAUUUUUCGUUUAAGAUAUAAGCAAGCUUUUUAGCGAUCCAGUAUACCCUCUAGGUGGAUGUCCUGUGGAUCACCUGCACAGUAACUGAUGACUCUAUCAUGAAAUCUAUGAAGAGUUUAUAUUUUUAAAAAAUAUUUGUUAUAGAGGACUUCAGUGCCCAUGGGAUAAAUGAUUUUAUACACUUGCCAGUCACAGAUGAAAAAAUGAAUCAAGUUCUGUUGAAGUGGGCUGGACAGAAGCUAAGUGAAGGUAAAUGUUAGUCUUAGAAACAUACUGUGCAUCACUACAAUGGGAUUUUUGCAGCUUUUUUUACCCACAAUCUGCAAAAACAGUUUUAACAAAAAUGCUAUUGCAAAAUUUACUCUAGUGCUUAAGUUAUUAUUAAAUAUUGAUUGUUGGUUAUUACUGUUAUUAUUUGGUAAAUUUUUCUAGGUAUGCCCCCGACUCCAGAGAGUCCUGAAGAAAGGAUUCCCGUAACUAGGGGAUCAAAAGUCUUUGAGAAAAUCAAUGGAAACAAAGGAGUAUCGUCAUCACUUGUUAGUUACAGUAACAACAGUAAUAUAUCACCUUCUGUUCAGUAAGUGACUUACAAUGACAAUGCAAAUCAUUUAAAUUUUGUUUUCAACUUUUCACUCCUAAAGCUCGUCUAAAUAUUUGUGUAUUUCACUCAAACACUGGAGAAAACUGAUAGCAAAGGGGUUGAAUUGAUAAUUAAAGAGGAGGGCUUUUGCAUUGUUGCAAGCAACAAGAAAUUGGGAAAAUUGCAGAAUUGCAUAGGGCUUACAGUUGACAUGUACCACAAUUUCAGAAAAUAUGUAUACAGUCAAUUCUUGCCUUGGGGUCUUACUAUUAGGCCUAGGGACACCCCAGUUAAUAAAAUGGACAGGAGCUAAAUCCCCUGGAAAAAUAUAUUGACUGCAAUAGACUCGUAUUAUAAUGGACUCUCCCUGUUAACCCUUUAAGCCCCAACAGAAAAGUUAAGAGCGUCACCCUUCCAUCCCAGUCAACUUUAGCGUGUUUUUCUGUGACAAAAAAGUUGACCCCUUAGCCUGAGCUAAGAGAUGACCUCAGUGCUUGACAUGUUAACCCAGCUGGCCAUGGGUGAGCCAAAGUGUUUUUAUGGAGAAAAGUUGAUUCAGCUAGGAGUGUGACCUACCAUCAAAAUUGAGUGACACAGCAAGGGGUGUGACCUCUCUUAGUAGUUCUAGCCCAGCCUAAAAGAAAAGGAAAAGUUGGCUUGCCCAGGGUAACCAGGGUGGGCGGAUGACACUUCUUCCAGGGACACAUAAAUGGGGCCUGAUCAGUGGGGAAGUUCAAUUGCAGGGUUCCGUUUGGUCUAGGGUCCCAUUUUUGUUGUUGAAGUUUGGCUUCAUUAGCGUCAAACUGCAUAUUCUUCUUUUUUCUAAUAAUAAUAAUAAUAAUAACAAUAAUAAUAAUAAUAAUAAUAAUAACAAUAAUAAUAAUAAUAAUAUUUAUAGAGGGAGCCCAACUCGCCAAGGUGGUUUUCAGUGGGGCCCUCAUGCAUUAAUCUAACUAAUUAAUUAAUUACUACAAAAAAAGUUAAAUAUGUUUACAAGUAAAACAAAUUUAAAAAUUUAAAUCUUAAAAUCGAUUAUACAAAAAAUAUCAAGGUUUAAAAUUAGCUGAGAUCUUUUAAAAAAGUUUUUAACUUGGAUUUAAAAAUAGAUAAAUAGAUAAAUCAUUUGGAAGGCUGUUCCAGUCUUUCACCUCCUCUAGACAUGACAUUAUGUUUUUUUAAUUAUUUUUGUGCAGACAAAGCUGUGACAGAAUUAUCCAAGCAGGUGGUUGUACAUCAACAACAGAGUCCUUGAACAAACAACCACAAUUGCAUGUCAGCCAGCCAGUGUCCCACAAUCAGCAACCCUUUCCAAGUGUUAUACAGCAUGUCUCAAACAGUGGGAAUAGAAUAAUUCAUAACAGAGGCUUUGCUGACCACACCCAAAACCAUGUUGGGUUGCACCAACCCAACAGCCAAGUCGUUUCAAGCUUCACAGCACCACAACACUUUGUGCAUAGUGUAAAUCCUUACCAGGAUCAUCCACCAUCUUCGCUGUUUCUGUCCAGAUCAGCACCAGAACAUGUUCCUGUGCAUAGUGGAGUGGUUCCUGGACACGUUGCGGGCGUGGUCAAACAUGUUUAUCCCAGAGAGCACUGCAGUCAAAGCUAUGUUUAUCACCAAAGUCAACCGUCUGAACCAAACAGACAAAGCCCCAUUUCCAAUUUUCGUCCUGUCAAUACACCCUCGCUUUACCCUAGCACUUCCUCCUCAAACACUGGAGGACUUGGUUCAACCCAUGCAACAUCAUCAAAGCCUGAGCCUGAACAACACCCAGCAUCAAAUAAAACAUCGGCUGAUUGUAGCAGUGUUAAAGUGGUGGGCAGUCCUGCUUACAUGAUAAGUGGUCCAUUGGGAAGCAAAGAUAUGAAGAUCACCCUGCUACAUGAUGACCUAUCUAAACACAGCUCCAAAGAAAGAAUAAGAAGGUGAAGAUAAUUGUUGUCUUUACACUAGACUGUUAAGUAAGACUUAAGAGCUGCUAAGUUUUACUUAACCAAAAACUCGUGUGUGAAGGCCUAAGUAAAAUCUCAAGUAACUUUACUUUGCAUCUCAUUAAAGUCGGAAACUUGAAACGAUUCAAGAAAGUUUCAAGCGACUUGAAAACCAUCCUUAAAAGCGACUUAGCUGACUUGCGGUUUCUUGAGCCUUGAGAGAGGCGAAACAUGUCAAUCAAUCUUAAUUAUGUUGUGUGGGAAAAUAGCCUUAGGUCAAACUGAAGUAAAAAAGAAUUGGUUGUGUGUGAAGCUUUAUUUUACUUGGAGUAAUUAAGUAAUUAAGUACUUGUCUUGAAAUAUUUCUUAGCCUAUUUGGGCUCUAGUGUAAAGACUACCAAUAAUAAAUAAAUUCAUAGUUACAUGACUGUUAAUCAAACUAUUUUCAGUAUCAAUAGAGCUAGUUCAACAAUUCACUUAGAUCUUAACAAGCCACUAGUCAAUAACAAUUGCUGCCACUGGGAUAUUCAAUUAACAGUACAUCAAGUUAAACUUUGUGAAAUGCACUGUAUAUGCACAAGCUGUAUCUGUGUCAAUCACAUGCAAGCAAUUGGCUCCUGAGUUGGAGAGUUUCAUGUUUAGUUCGCUUGUGUUUUGUUGACACUUAAUAAUUAAGCCAUUUAUUGCAUAGAGGUAGAGAUGCAAAUAUAAAAGAAACUAUUAUACUUAAUAAUGUUUAGCAGAAAAGUCUGCCUCUGGGCUCCUUGGUUUUAAUAAACUGUUUUUCACUUCCUUUAAUACUACUGUCAUUCAGUAAACCCAUUUAGUAAAAGAAAAGUUGCUCUGUUCCAGAGAACGCAUCAAGGACAGCUGUGAUCAGUUGCGCUUUUUGUUACCAAGUGUAGCUGGGAAAAAAUCGGACAUGGCAUCUGUAAGUCAGUGAAAUACUAAUAAAACUAUAAUUUUAAUUCUUCUUGAAGAUUGUAAUUAUUGUGUGCCUUGCAAGCUAAAAUGCAUGCCAAUACCAAUACAAUUUCAUGUAGCUCACUGUUUCCUCAUUCAUCAGUCCAUACACAUGAUUCAAGAAGUCAUGAUUAUGUCCCAUAUUAAUAAUAUUAAAUAGGACAUUAUGCCCACUGAUCCAAUGGCUACUGAGGUAGUAAAUAAUAGAUCAUUUAAACACUAGCGUAAUUCUUAUUACCGGUAUUACUGUGAUUCACUAUCAUUAACUCUGACAACUAUAAACAGUAGAAAACAUUAAUUUUGUAGCCUGUAUUGCAGAUGUAAUUUAACCUCAGUGAGAAACAUCUGUGGCGCAGGGCUGAGAUACUUUUCCUGGGCCCCUAACGGCCUCAACAAAUUACAGGAAGUGCAUUUUGAAUUUCCGUUCAUCUUGACUGGUAAAUCGACAAUGGCUUUUUUAACGGGCCAAUCAUGGCCCAUACUCAAAUCCUAGAACACAGAUGGGGACCCACAACAAGGAUUCUGGUGCUGCUUCACAGACGGACUUUACCUGAGUUUAGUUUCGUCUACAGUUGUAUGGCACAGGCUGUAACAUUUGGAGCUGUCAAACAGCUGUUUUGACAAAACUCUAUUUGAACUUUCCACUGACAAAAGCCAUUGACAUGAGCAGCCAGCUCUAGACUAAAUUACAAUUUUUCGGCCUCCCAUGGAUGAUAAAUUAAGGAUGCUUUGACUAUAAUAAUUAAUUAUAGUACCAGCUAGUGAGUAGCAGAAAAAUGUUACUGUCCAGGAUCCAAUAAUUAUUUUUGACCUCUAACUAUGUUCAUUUGUUUUCAAUAUGCAUCACUGUACCAGGUACUUGAACUGACAGUUAAGUAUGUACAGAUGGUGAAAGAGAGGAUGCCACCUUCUGUGCUUCAAGAGGUAUGCUUUAUUUUUCAAGUGCUUCCAAGGAUUUUUCUCUUUGUGAUGUGAUAGAAGUGAAACAUAGAGCCCUUCAUUGAACAUGUACAUGGCAUAACCUAACGUACUGUAACAGGUACAAUCUAAAUUAACCUUACAAUAUAUGUUAAGAGCUCAGUAAAUAAUCUGCAUGCCCACACGCACACUGUAAAAAAAAAAAAAAUACAUACAUACAUGCACAGGGCUCUGGGGUUUCUCUAGCCGUCUCUAGUCUGUUGCAGGUGCCUAAGUGGUGGGGAAAGCAGAUCAAGAAAAGUUGUGUGAUAACCACAUAGGGGUUGGGAGACAUUUUGACACAAGAAACAUUUUUUCAGGAAGUGGGUGUGGAAGUGGGCAGUUUGAGGUAUUCUAAAAGAUGCUUACGGGCUUUCCCCUUCUUGCUUCCCGCAGUUUUUCACUCUUUUGCUAUUUCACUGCUCUCUUGCAUCUUUGCUUGUGCGGACUGACCGACAGCCUCGUACAGGCUAAGGUUUCUCUAGAGUAUUUUUUUUCAAAUAUUGAUGUUACAAACAUGCUAUGUGUUUUUGUCUUCAGAUUUCAGAGAAUAUCAUUGAUACAACAACAGUUCUUCCCAGGAAGCGGGCAAACAGAGAUGUAGGAGUUGCUACAAAACAGGGCAGGCCAAGGUACAGCAAGAAUAACAGCUCUUGAUUAAUAUUCUAAACCAGUUAUUGCUGUUUUCACAAUAUUUCAUUCAAAUAAAAAUAAUCUUUGUUUAGUGCAUUAUUUAUUAUUCUACAAAUGAACCCUUUAAGCUCCAACAUCCACACACAAAUUCUCCACACUAAUCUCCAUACAGAGCUCUAAAGAAUUUGUUGAAAGAAUUUGAAAAAAGAUCAAAGCAUUUGUCCUUUGGUGAUCAUUUCAUUAAUACUCAUAACCUUUUCUCUGGAUGAUGUAUUGGUAUUGUUAGAAGAAAAUUAAUGUUCUUCACUGUUGUAAGUGCAGACUCACACCUGCUUCAAGUGUUCAUGAAGGAGCCCCAAGACUACCUCAUUCGCUACAGCCAUUUAUCUUGAGAUCAGCACCAUUUCAAGGCAAAGCUCCAACGCUUGUUACAAGUACAGGUCCCAUGUAUGUACCACACCUACACAUCAGAGCUGGCUAUGAACACAUGCCAAUUCCCAUACAGCAGCAUCACCAACACCCAUCAGAACUAGCGAGUUUUAGGCCAACAGUCUCUCCUCCAUCAGCUUUUGAUCCCUGCACUGUAGGGGGUACUGCCAGGAGUGCAAACAUCAUGCAGCAUCUCCCGCCACACAAUCACGCCAUGAUCAAUCUGCAUCAGGAGUGUAAUGGACCACACCCAUUUCACCCCAAGCACGUGUACCAUGGGAACCAUCAGACAGUUCUACAGGGGGCAGCUGGGCAUAGCAGCGACAUGCCGCAGCAGUGGAGUUUCCUGAAAUUACCUGCCAUUGGGAACAUCUUUCAUUCUUUAAGCCCAAGUGAUUUGAGUCAAGGAGGUUCUAAGCAAGAUUCAAGUGAUUCAGGAACCCCAUCACCAGCUGAUUCAUCAUCCAUGACUCCCCCACUUUGGGAGAGCAGUGGAAGCAUGAUUAGUAACAGACAAGAUGACGCACAUAUGCAGGAAACAAGUCCUAAUAUGUAUAAAGGUUCAUCCAUGUGA